GAUCCGCAGAGGAAGUGGCACCAGAUGGAGACCCAGACUGUGCAGCGGGAGCUGGAAACCCUUCCAACCACCAAGAUGGCUCAGACCAACCCUAUGCCAGGGUCCUUGGGACCAUGGAAGAUAACCAUCUACGACCAGGAGAACUUCCAGGGCAAGAGGAUGGAGUUCACCAGUUCCUGCUCAAAUGUCUCAGAGCGUAGUUUUGACAAUGUUCGAUCCCUCAAGGUGGAAUGUGGAGCCUGGAUUGGUUACGAGCAUACAAGCUUCUGUGGGCAACAGUUUAUACUGGAGAGAGGAGAAUACCCUCGCUGGGAUGCCUGGAGUGGGAGCAAUGCUUACCACAUUGAGCGCCUCAUGUCCUUCCGCCCCAUCUGUUCUGCUAAUCACAAAGAGUCAAAGAUUACCAUCUUUGAGAAAGAAAACUUUAUUGGACGCCAGUGGGAGAUCUGUGAUGACUAUCCUUCCCUGCAAGCCAUGGGUUGGUUCAACAAUGAAGUUGGUUCCAUGAAGAUACAAUGUGGAGCCUGGGUCUGCUACCAGUACCCUGGGUAUCGUGGGUAUCAAUACAUCUUGGAAUGCGACCACCAUGGGGGAGACUAUAAGCACUGGAGAGAGUGGGGCUCUCACGCGCAGACUUCCCAGAUCCAGUCAAUUCGCCGUAUCCAGCAGUAAUGGAUUAAAACGCCGAGAGAAUUCCUCAAGCAUGAGACCUCUAGACUUUUAUGU